AUGACCGCCACACAACCUUCCGUCAUGGAGAACGGCCAAGAGAAGAAGCCUCUCUGCUUCCAGAGACCAAAGCUUCAUGGCCGCGCCUUCUAUGAGGCCCUCGGUAGCCCGAAGAUGGUGCUUGCGCCCAUGGUUGAGGCAUCCGAAUUUGCCUGGCGCAUGCUGAGCCGCUCAUUCAUGCCUGCUGACCAGAAGAACGACCUCCUCGCCUACACUCCUAUGUUCCACUCGCGCCUCUUUCACGAGAAACCCCCAUACCGCAAGCAGUCGUUCCAACCAUUGCGCGAUACCAUCCCCUCUCCGCCCGACCCCGAACAGCUCAAGCAAUAUACCACCUCCGACGCACACCUCGACGGCAACCCCGCCAUCGAUCGUCCCCUCUUCGUCCAAUUCUGCUCCAACGACCCGGAAGAUUUCAUCGCUGCAGCUCAACACGUCGCGCCAUUUUGCGACGCCGUCGAUCUCAACCUGGGAUGUCCUCAGGGCAUCGCACGCAAAGGCCGAUACGGCGCAUUCUUGCAGGAGGACUGGGAUACUAUCAGGGCCCUGAUUUCGCGCCUGCACGCCGAGUUGCCGAUACCGGUGACAGCCAAGUUCCGGGUACAGGAGACGCACGAGCGCACCCUGGAGUACGCGCGCAUGCUCCUCGACGCCGGCGCGAGCAUCAUCACAGUCCACGGUCGCCAACGCCACCAGAAGGGCCACGAGACGGGACUAGCAGAUUGGGAUGCCAUCCGCUACCUGCGCGACAAUCUUCCCCCAAAUACGGUCAUAUUUGCCAACGGCAACAUCCUGCAGCACGAAGACAUCGAGGCGUGCUUGAAGGCGACAGGCGCUGACGGCGUCAUGAGCGCUGAAGGCAAUCUGUACGAUCCAACUAUCUUUGCCGGUCCGCCUCCGGUCGGCCAGGAGGGAAGGGAGUACUGGAGGAGCAAGGAUGGCAAGGGCGGGUACAGGAUGGACGCCGUGUUCCGCCGGUACAUGGACAUCAUAUACAAGCACGUCCAGGGCGUUGCGCCGCCGGAGAGGAAACCGCUAUUCCUGCCAUCGGACCCGCCGGCUCAGGAGGCGGACAAAGGCGAAGAGAAUGAGGCGGCGGAAGAGGAGGAAGAGGGGCAGCCGCCGAAGAAGAAGCAGCGCUUGGCGAACAGCAACAAGAAGGACGCGAAGAAGUUUGAGAGAUCGACCGACCCGAACCUCACCGCCAUGCAGUCUCAUCUCUUCCGCUUGCUCCGCCCGCUCGUCGCCAAGCACACGAACAUCCGCGAUGCGCUGGCCAGGUGCCGUUCUGGCAACGUCGAGGCAUUUGAGAAUGUUCUGCAGAUGGUGGAGGCUGCCGUGAAAGAAGGACUCAUCGAGUACGAAAAGGAGGCGGGUGCCCCCGAGACCAACGGCGCUGCUGAACCGACGGUCGAGACCAAAGAGCUCGAUCCGCACGAGAGCUCCCUCGCAGCGGUUAACAGAUGCAAGCGGCCGUGGUUCAUCUGCCAGCCGUACGUGCGGCCACUACCGAAGGAGGCGCUAGAGAAGGGAGCGCUCUCGUUGAGCAAGAAGGACAAGAAGAAGAUGGAGGAGCAGAAGCAGAAGGAAGACGAGGAAGCGAAGAAGGCAGGCGUGGCGCCUGAGGGAAGGGUCGAGGAAGUGGAGGUUGAGAAGAAGGUGAAGGAUGGAGAUGUGAGGGUCGAGAAGACUGAGAUACCCAAGGAAGGGGUGGUGUGUGGUUGA